UAAUGGAUGCAAAACGGGACAAAGGUUCUCCCCUAUAUAAGAGAGCUUAGUUUAUCUAGUCACUACACUUAAAAAAAGAAAUCCGGCAGCAGAUUCCUCUUAAAAAAAUGUCAUUGGCAGAGCUUGAGCUUCCUGGCUUUCGCUUUCAUCCCACUGAAGAAGAGCUUAUCAACUUCUACCUCAAAAGGAUUAUCAUAGACAACAAACUUGAUUCCAAUAUCAUUGGUUAUCUCAACAUAUAUCUUUCUGAUCCUUGGGAGUUACCUGGAUUGGCAAGAACAGGGGAAAGAGAGUGGUAUUUUUUUGUACCAAUAAACAGGAAACAUGGUCCUAAAGGGAAGCCCAACAGAACAACAAGAAAUGGUUUCUGGAAAGCAACUGGUUCGGAUCGCCAAAUUCGUUCUUCAUUAGACCAAAAAAAGGUUAUUGGGCUCAAGAAAACUUUGGUUUUCUAUGGUGGAAGGGCACCUAAAGGCAGCAGAACAGAUUGGGUCAUGAAUGAGUACAGACUUCCUGAUGGCCACCCCUUACAUAAGGAACAUGACAUAGUACUUUGCAAAGUCUACAGAAAGGCAACCUCAUUUAAAGUUUUGGAGCAAAGGGCAGUGGCUGAAGAAGAUGCAACAAAAAGACCACCAACAUCUUUGCCAUCUCCUCAAUCACAGGACAUGCUUGGUUCUUUAGAAUCAUCAUCAUUCCCAAAAAAUGACAUGUAUUCCACAAGUUAUGAAGUAGAAAAUCAUAACACCACAGUGAAGCUACCUCAAUUUUCUGUUUCAAAUGCAUUUGUGGAACCAUUGAAGUUUAGCAUUGACUCAUUGUCAAGUCCCCUCUGGACUGAAUUACAGAGCGCAGGGCAAGACUUGUGGAGUCUAUUUUCUUUGUCCUGAAUAGAUUCAUUAUUCAGCCUUUUAAGCUAGUAUGACAUAUUCUAAGAUGAAAGUCUACAGGACUUUAGCAAUUGUACGAGUCAAAUCGGAACAAUUAACUUGUCUCUUUCCUUGUGGAAAAUAAUUGUAAUCAGACAGUUUUAGUGCUAUCGCUGUUUAGUCUUAUGUCCAUUUUGGAAUCUUGAUGUUCCCUACCUAUCAAAUGUGAUGAUUGACAAAUUUU